UGAUACACAACUCCUAAGAAAAAUGGCUAACCAUCUCUCCUCUCCAACGUAUCCAUGGCUUCUUUCAACCAUUCUUGGCUCUCUUCUCCACUCUCCGAACCUCCCACUUUCUUCCUCUCUCCAUCUCCACAACCAAGACCCUUCAAACUCUUUCUUUUCCGUAACAAAUCUUCUCCCACACCAAACUCUUCUUCUCCAGACAGCUCUCCGGAGACUGAGAUUGCCGUGGAUCUCGUGAAGCUUGCGUUAAAGAAAGCCGAAGCCUAUAAGAAAUCGAAAGCAGAGCAAAAAACCCCUGAGAGAAAUGCUUCUGAAGACGAAGUGCCGCUCCCAGUGAAGCUUUCUAAGCAAAAGGCUGAUGAGUAUAAGAAGCAGAAAGAGCUUGGAGAUGAUGUUGUCCAGGAGGCUAAACCCAGUAGUACAGAGAAAAGUUCUGUUAGAUCAUCAAACAAGGUUGAUGAAGAUGAUAACGGUAAGAAGAAAGAGUUGAAAGUCUCCAGCAUUGAUUUCGUUGGGCUUGGAUUCGCUGAUAAGAAGAGCACAAGGGGGAUUCCAGCGGGACUUGUUCCUGUUGUGGACUAUUUUCCUGGAGGAGACUUACCUGAGGUGGAGUUUAUAGUUGGUGACAAAACAAGAUUUGACAAGACAGAAAAGGAGAUUGAUCAAGAAGGAAAUGAAAACUCUGAUGUAUAUAAGCCCAAGGUUUCAACAUGGGGUGUUUUCCCAAGACCAAGUAACAUCUCUAAAACGUUUGGUGGUGGAAGGACACUCCAACCAGGAGAUUCAAUUGAAACUGCUGAAGAGAGGACUGCAAGAGAAGAACGGACAAAACAAUUGCUCACUGCCUACAAGGAAUCAAUUGGACUGAAUAUUGAUCCCAAACUCAAACUUGAGUGUGAGGAGGCACUAGAAAAGGGCAACGCGCUUAUGGAUUCAGGGAGACUCAAAGAAGCUCUGCCAUACUAUGAAAAGGUCAUGGAGAAAAUAGUCUUUAAGAGCGAGCUUCAUGGAUUAGCAGCUUUGCAGUGGUCCAUUUGUCAGGAUUCACUUCGGAAGGCAGAUAAGGCAAGAGGCAUGUAUGAGAAGCUUUUAUCUCACCCAAACCCGAGAGUGAGCAAGAAAGCUAGGCAGUUUAUGUUCAGUUUUCAGGCAAUGGAGAUGUUGAAGGUUCAGGGUUCGAGCUUCAUGCAGAUAAACAUGGGGUAUGAUAAUUACUUUGAUGCCUUUGUUAAAAAAGACAGAGUUGAUUACAAAACCAAGGCGGAUGAAGGAGAUGCAAUGGGAAUAAAUGAGACACUUCUUUAUGUGAUUCUUCUUGCUUCUCCGAUUCUAUUGGUGUUUGCUGUUGCUGCACAGAGAGGGAAUAUGCACUGAAGACACAAACUCUUGUCAAAUUAUUACAUGUAAGCCAUGUUGUAAAUAUAUGAGGUAAUGUGAUGUGUAAAGCAGCCAAAUUAGUAGUUCGUUUGUUUGCAUGAAUCUAAUACUUCUAUGUAUACUACAACAGCAUAAUACAGAACCCAACUAGUACCAUAUAUAACUACAACAAAGAAAUUGAAUGAUAUUAGCUGUAAGAUUC